CUGAUUGUAGGAACAGAGAAGAAUCAAAACACUGCGUUCAGUUAAAACUGGAUUAAAUGUAUUUAUCUGUGAAGCGCAUCGUUAGAUAUUGUUCAGGGUUUGUGUAAAAUGACUUCUUUUGGGUUUUCACAUCUUUCCCUGUACACAGCUGUUCCUUUUAUCCCGAGCCUCCCCAUGGUGCAGUAGAGCGCCGUCAUGGAUAAGAUCCUGGAAGGUCUGGUGAGCUCCUCUCACCCGAUCCCUGUGAAGCGGGCCAUCGUGAAGAUGGUGGUGGAUGCGGCCGAGAAAGAGGUGACGCCUGAGCAGUGUCAGGCCCUGUACCAGCUCACUGCACGCCUCAUUCUGCUCGGCGAGGACGCCUUCCAGCGGCAGGUGGGCCUCCAGGUGCAGGAGGCGUACGCGCGCUACCACCGUGACGAGUUCGCCUGUUUCCUGAGUAAAGACUACGUCCUGGAGCUGCUGCGUCAGGGUUACGGCCCUCUGGACCGUCGCGAUCCAGCCGUACUGGACUUCUUGCACGGCUGCCUGCGCCUUCUUAUCAGCUGCCCGGCUGUGCUCGAGCUCGCGCCGACGCUACAGACGGAGGUCCUGCGCAUGGUGUGCGAGCGACCCGAUGCCGCGUUCUGCAGCAAGCUCGCUACGCUGCUCAGCGACUUCCCUCAGUGCGUGCCGCGCAACAAAGCCGCUGUGCCGCUCUGCCAGCAGCUGGUGCGCACAUUCGCACAUUUCCAGUGUCCGGCAGCUGAGGAGGCGGAGCUGAGGCGAUACGUCGGGCAGGUGGGCUGCGUGGCUGCAUUGCUGCAGGGCAUCUGGAAGGCGGAGCCAGCCAUGCUUCUGCCGUCACUGCAGGAAGUGUUCGCGAUUAUCUCCUCAACAGUUGCAGAUCCAUCCUUUGAGCCGUCCAUUGCUCUGGCCAGUCUCGUGCAGCACAUCCCUCUGCAGAUGAUCACGGUCCUCAUCAAGAGCCUCACCACCGACCAGAACGUCAAAGACGCCAGCAUGACACAGGCUCUCAGCAGGAUGAUUGAUUGGCUCUCCUGGCCGCUGGCCAAUCACGUCGAUACCUGGGUUAUUGCUCUUCUGAAGGGGCUGGCUGCUGUGCAGAAGUUCACCAUCCUCAUCGAUGUCACUGUGCUUAAAAUCGAACUGGUCUUUAAUCGUCUGUGGUACCCCAUCGUGAGACAGGGAGCAUUAGCAGUCCUCUCUCACAUGCUGCUGAGUUUCCAGCACUCGCCAGAGGCCUUCCACCUGGUGGUCCCUCACGUAGUACCGCUGGUGAAGUCUUUGCAGAGCGAUGGCCUCCCGACCAGCAAAGCCUUCCUGCUGCAGUUCACCGAGCUCAUCCACUGCAUGAUGUACCAGUACUCUGGCUUCCCCGACCUCUACGACAGCAUCCUUGACGUCAUUAAGGAACUCCCUAAACCCAGUGAAGAGAAGAUCAAGUACGUGUUGAACCAAAGUGCCUGGACCUCGCAGUCAAACUCUUUUGCCUCUGGAUUGUUGAGGCUUAUGGGCAAAUCAGAGACGGGGAAGACGGGACUCGUGAACUUGGGCAACACGUGUUACCUAAACAGCAUAAUUCAGAUGCUGUUCAUGGCAACAGAUUUCAGACGGAAAGUAUUAUCUCUGAACCUGAACGGCUCCAAUACGCUGAUGAAGAAACUGCAGCUUCUCUUUGCUUUCUUGGCGCAUACUCAGCGAGCAGCGUAUGCACCAAGAAGCUUUCUUGAAGCGUCUCGGCCGCCCUGGUUCACAGUGGGCUCCCAGCAGGACUGUUCGGAGUAUCUCCGCUUUCUUUUAGACAGGCUACAUGAGGAGGAAAAGACUCUCCGAGCUCUCCAGACAGCCAGACCGAAGACCACAUCCUCUGACGCUGAGGGUACUGAAGAUGACGCCAAAGCUCAGAAUGUGUCCAACACCCCGUCUCAUUCUCCGAGUAAACUGGUGGACCCUGACAGCGAUGGACGGACUCUGGUGGAGCGAAUGUUCGGCGGGCGUCUCUCCACAGGCAUCCGCUGCCUGCAGUGCAACAGCCUUUCCGAGAAAGAGGAACCGUUUACGGAUCUUUCCCUCGCUUUUUGCCCGUCAGGCAUUGCGGGUUCCUCGACCGUUCAGUCCCACCAGGGGGCAGUAAACGGUGGCAGUGAGAACCCUGAAAGCACUGCAAAGGAUGAGCGGAGCGAGGAGAGACCCAAGACUUCGGCAGUGCUGUCCCUGUCAGAUCUGCUCGAGUAUUUCCUGGCACCAGAGAUCCUGGAAGAGGAGAACUGUUACUUCUGCGAACGCUGUGGCUCCCUGCAGCGAGCAGAAAGGGCCAUACACGUAGUGACCGCCCCGGAGUACCUCAUCCUCACUCUUUUGCGCUUUUCAUAUGAUGCGACGUGCCACGUGCGGCGCAAAAUCCUGGACAACGUGGGCAUCCCGCUGCACAUACAUUUACCUGUUGACCAGCAAAGCGCGUCCUUAUCAUCUUCAUCAUCGCCACAAUCAUCAGUGCAAAUGGACUCGCCAGAUAGUGGCGAGAACUUGGCCAAGAAGCUUAAACCUUCUCAGAAAGAGAAUGAAGGGGGCGAUGAAGGCUGCGGGAGAAGGGACUGGCGAUCAGGGGUACCGUGUGUGCCUUACGUCCUGUGUUCUGUCGUGAUGCAUUCGGGGAUGUCUUCAGAAAGCGGCCACUACUACUCAUACGGCAGGAACCUGAGCGGAACAUCAGCGAGUCCCUCUUUUCAGAGUCCAGAAUCAGAUUCUGGUCUCAGGCUUUCAGAGGACUCGACAGCUUCACAGGAAGUACUGGAGUGUACAGGGCAACUAACAGACUCGAGGGAUUGGUUCCUGUUCAACGACAGCAGAGUGACCUUUACCAACUUCCAGUCCGUUCAGAACAUCACAAGCCGCUUCCCCAAGGACACGGCCUACGUCCUGAUUUACAGGAAACAGGAAGAAAUUGGAGGACAAGCUGGGGACUCGAGAGCUACCGUUCAUGGCUCGAGGUUCAAUGGGGAACCUCCUCUUCAGAAAGAUCUAAUGGAUGCCAUCACCAAAGACAACAAACUCUUCUUACAGGAGCAGGAGCUGAACGCCAGGGCGCGUGCUCUCCAGGCCGCCUCGGCCUCCUGCUCGUUUCGACCCAAUGGCUCGGAUGACAACGAGCCCCCGGGAAGCUGUGGGCCCUCGGGUGGAGGAGGAGGAGGCGGCGGAGGAGGAGGCUUCAGCACGGUCAGCAGACUGGUCUUCUGAGAUCGGGACACUUUCAGACUCGGACAGAGCACUGGACUCGAACGCUCAACAGUCAACACUGGACCUCGUUCUGUCUGAAUCCAACAUGCAGGAAUUCUGUCUCACUCAAAACCACCUCACAAGCUUUCCUUCACAGACAUAGAUCUUUUUUGCAAAGUGUUCACAAAAGCACUUUUUGCUAACACUUUUUUAUGAUACCACAGAAAGGGCCUUUGUAACACAUUGCAGGAAUCGUUUUCGAGAGAAACGCUGGAGGAUUUAUGAGACGCUUACGUUGGCACUGGAGAUUUUAUCUGAUUUGGAUCGUUACAUGAAAGAGAGAAGAAAAGACAAGACGUAAUUAUCACUGUGGAUCGGCUUGUUUUUAGUUCCUAUUAUUUGAUUUUUUUUUUUUUUUUAAAUUGUUAUUAAAUGAAGUGAGCGCGUUCAGGACACAAUAACACAGUGAAAGCUCUAGAAAGUGUUCAUUAAGGCUUCCGAAGUGUUAUAAAUGCAAAUCUGAUUAGUUCAAGUGCAUGAAAAUUAUUCAUUCAGCUAUCACAUGGGAUAAAAAAAAAAAAAAAUUAUUUCGAAAUGGUGCUUCAUUAAUGGUUUUAAAUGCAAAUGAAGCGCCGGUACAUCAGCUUCAACACUCCUGUAAUAAGUAGAUACAAUAAUGACGCACUUUUCAAUACAGGAGAUUGGGGGGGGGGGGACCAAACCAAACAAUAAGCCAUAAUGAUGAUUGAGGGUUCUUGUCUUCUUUCUUUUAUGUAAAGGAUAUGUCAAGCAAAGAUCGGUUUGCGACAUAUAAAUCCUCAGCUGUCAUAAAUGUGUUAUGAAGGUCCCCAUAUCAAGUGUUAGGCUUUUUUACGGGUUGUGACCGAUCCAUUCGUGGUCUUGUCAUCUUUAUGGGUACCAUUGCUGUCUUGUGGAACCAGAUCUGAUUCUAAUUGUAGUAAUCUCUGGAAAGAAAUCCGAUUUUAGCUCGUAUACGAGGGUAAGUCAGAAAGUUCUAAGACAAAUUGAAAAAAAAAAAUUUUAUUUAUGAAAAUAACAGCUAUUUCUCUAAGUAUCCUCCAUUUUAAGUCUAAACACUUCUGCAAGCUGUGUUUCCAUUGGAGAAUUCCUUCUUCGUAGAAUUCUGGGGGACGUCUUUCACACCUUUUUGAAGUUAUAACAUCAGUCUUAGAACUUUUUGACUUGCCCUCGUGUGUGGGUUUUUUUAUAUAUAAACAGUUAUUCCACAAAAUUGAGUCGUACAUGAGCUGAUAGCUGACGAGGCACAUAGCCAACUUGGUGGAGUUGGCUAUAAGCCUGAGGAAACCCUCCCAAAGGGAUCAAUAAAGUUUUAUCUAAUCUAAUCUAAUGUACGAUGAGUUAGAGUGGAAUAACUUUUUUUUUUUUCCUUCUAUCCACAUUCACUAGAUUUUGAGAAACCAAGGGGUUUUUUUUUUUUGCAAAUUCAAUAAACAAACCGUCGAAAUGACCAUUUGUGAAAAAUGCGAUUAAUAAUAAUUCUUGAAAAAUAAAAUAAGAUACAUCCUUACCAUCAAGUACUUUCAUUCCUUUUUUUUUUUUUUUUGUAUUUUUUGCGGUUUUGUUUUCGAGUAGUUUUUAUUUCAUCCUCGGUUGGUUCAGUAACACACUCCGCCAUUUUGUUUUUCUCUACUCGCGGUAUAUGAGCUGAUAGCUGAGUAGUAGAGUAGCCAAUCAGAGCGCACGAUUUGCUCGUAUUCAGUGAAUGUGGAUAGAAAAGGAAAAAAUAUACAUAUAUUACAGUACUGUGCAAAAAAGUCUUGGGCACAUGUAAAGAAAUACUGUAGACCAAAAAUGGCUUAAAAAAUAAGGAAAUGAAAUGUUUCAACAUUAAAAAAAGACUGUAAACAGUAAGCAAUAAGCCAUAAUAAAUGAAACAAAGUGAAUAUUUGGUGUGAGACGACCCUUUGCUUUGAAAAAAUAUAUAUAAAUUAAAAAAAAAAUAAAUGGUAGUCUCAGAUACAGUGAGUGCAGUUUUAUGCGUAAAUGAGCUGUAGGUUUUACUGAGCAUCUUGCAGAACCAGCCGCAGUUCUUCUGGACACUUUAACCGUCAAACUCGCUUCUUCAUUUUGCACCAAAACCCAGCAGCCUUCAUUAUGUUUUUUAAUCUGAAAAGUGAUCUCAUAUGCUGCUCAGAUACAAAAAAAAUGUUUUUUGUCCUGUAACAUUUAAUUUUGUGCUGGAAAAUGAACGUUUGGACUCCUAAAAUGUUUUUGUUCUGACUCAAUAACAUAAGUCAUCAAAUCAAAUAGUAAAAAGUUUGUCUGGAAAAAAAAAUAUAUAUAGGGUGCCGAAGACUUUUGCACAGUACUGUAUACUGUAACACCCCCCCACCACCCCCCCACCACUCAUGCACCACUCAGACUCCGAGCCAUCAUACUUGAACGAGUGUUUGUCGACCUGGCUGUGGGUUUUGUGGCGUACCUAUAGCCAGAUCACCUGGUGUGUUGCAAUACAUUUACACAGAAGGAUGCAAUACUGAUUUUUAUUCCAUUGUAGAAUUUAAGAUAUAAUUUCAAAUAGCAAAAAUUGGAUUACAUUUAUGGAUAACGUUUAAAAAAAAAAAAAAGGGUGUUUGUGCAAAGAGAUUACCAUGCAUGCUGAAUAUUUAAACUGAAUUUGGUUUAGGGUCAAUUUUCACAAUUUUACUGUUUUAUAUUGUAAUUAUUCGCUUUCGGGGAGGUUCUUUUUUUCACUCCCAAUAAUUUUCAACUGAUUUUAUGUGCCUUUUGAUACACAUACGAAUUUUACAAACAGUUUGACUGGAUUACAAACCAAGCCUUGUGUAGCUAUAUCAUGUUACUAUUUGAUUUUUUUUUUUUCCCCCCGCUUCUAACAGUAAAGGUUCACUCAUAAGCACAGGCUGAUUUAUUGAAUGUCCAAAUAUUUAAUGUAUAGAAUGUGAAUAGUGUUACAGAUUAUAAGUAUCAGUCAUUUAUUAAUGAAAUAAUGGGUGAUAUUUUUGAACUGAAAUUAACUGUGGUGUUUAUGUCAUCUUUUACAAUUUGAAGGAACAGGUUAUAAUGUUUAGGGCUUUCCAUAAUGUCUUGCAAAAGUAUUCAUCCCCUUGUUGUUUUGUCCUGUUAUUUCACGUUACAAGCUGGAAUUAAAAUGGGUUUUUGGAGGGUUAGCACCAAACCCUCCAAAAGUUGUUUGAUUUACACAACAUGCUACCAUUUUAAAGGUGCAAAUUGUUUUAUUGUGACACAAACAAUAAU